AUGGGUAGUAAGCUCUUAAGGGACUUGAAAGGAGAACAAGGCCCAAUAACCCACUACUACGAUGGUUGGCAUAUGAUAAACUGGCUGGGAAACAAGCUGCGAAGAGUGAAUUUUGGAAUUCUGCCAUGUCCAAAGUCAAUGGAUCUAGUCAGAUUCAGGAGUCGAAUACAAGGGGGGACCCUCGAAUGCUCAGGCAUCUGGGGACAUCUGGAGCUUGCUGUUGGUGAUGAUCGAUCGCGUUUCCGCGAUAAUCUGGAAAUGGGGACAGUGGAAGUCGCUCUAGUAAUACGCUUCAAGAGAAGCGAUCAAAGGGCUUUCGACAUAUUCAAGACGUAUCCACAUCAACAACGAAGGACUUCUUUCUUUGCUAAAUCAAGGAACACAGCUCAUACCAGCAGUCGGACAAGCGUAAAUCCAAAUAUCUCAAUGGCACCGAAUCAUUGUCAACGGGGAUGGAGGGUACAGGAAAUUGUUGACUACGGCAAGGAGCUUUCCCGUAGGAGAGCUUUAUUCAUUUAUGUGCUGAUAUUUAACCAUGGUUACCGACACAUAGUUUCCAAUUGGCUCUGCAACACAGCCCAUUUCACAACCGUGCACGAGCGAACAUUGCUGGUUUCAAUAUCAAACGGCACGUGUGACGAAGUACUACGUCAUGUGAAAGCGAAAAUCUUAUGUGCCUAUGUGUCUGUGGGCAACUACGAUGCUCCAGUUGAUUUUGCAUCGUACUCAUUCGACGCCAUAAUGUUGUUCCGUGCCUAUCUAGCAACAGCAUUUGCCGAGAGUUCUGUGAAAGUUGUUAUGAUAGAAGCAGAUGCCACAUGGUUCCGAGAUCCUAAACACUUGUUUGCCAGCGAGUUCUCGAAUGAAGCUGUUGAUAUCGUUGCUCCGCGCAACGGAGGAAUAUCGAGGGGUACUAUCAGAGCAAUGAGUCCGAUGGUUAUUAAACCAAGUAAUAGAACAGCUAGGUUUCUUAAAGGACUCACAAGAAGACUUGAACGCUUAUUCGAUCUCAGUGACCAGGCCGUUUACAACAUUUUGUGUUUGUCGAGAUAUUUGGGACUUCGUUGUGGAAUGUUCUACUACGAGGACAUCGCAGACGGCGUUUGCCAUAAAUAUCGAUUCCGAGAUAUGAUGCGCCCUUAUAUUGUCAACAACAACUACAUCAUUGGAACGCUAGCGAAACAGGAGAGGAUGGAAAUUUUCGGAUUAUGGUUUCUUGACUCCGACGGUCGCUGUAAUCAAACUGCAGUAGAGUUGAUUCUGAAAAUGCACAAUACUCCAAUCUACUUCGAUGACCCUGCAAGGCUAACUUCUCCCGAGUAA